ACUACGCCUUGCUCGGGGUUUAGAGGAAUCUUUGCAGAGCUUCGGUGUUGUUCCUGUCACCACACAGGAGGCACAACCCACAGUAGAACAGGUAGAUUCUUAUGGGUCUACAAUCAGUUCACCAGUUCAUAAUAUGUGAGGAGUUGAAUCUGUGAACACUGUGAUGAGGCCUUUACCGUUCACCUCAGACCUGUGGGUGCUGUGUGUCUUCCUGACUCUCUCUCUCUGGGGUGUCACUGGCUUCAGCGCAGCGCUGUCACCAGCAGUUCCUCCAAAUGCAGAGGAGUUUAAAUCAGUGGGACAGACUGAGACCAGUGUAACUCUGCGGUGGAAAAAAGUGGAAAACAUCCUCAGUUACACUCUGGUGUUCAAUGGACGAGAGAUAAACGUCACUGCAUCAGAGAGAAAUGUAUAUGUGACAGAGACAAUCUUAGAUCUGAACAGUGGAACUAAAUACGACUUCAGUCUCUUCACUGUGUUUGAAAACAUCAGGAGCAGUGGAGUAAACCUCACUGCAGCCACUGUUCCUCCAAAUGCAGAGGAGUUUAAAUCAGUGGGACAGACUGAGACCAGUGUAACUCUGCAGUGGAAAAAAGUGCAAAGCUUCACCAAUUAUUUACUCAAGUACAAUCGACGAGAGAUAAACGUCACUGCACAAGAUGGAAAUGUAUAUGUGACACAGACAAUCUUAGAUCUGAACAGUGGAACUAAAUAUGACUUCAGUCUCUUCACUGUGUUUGAAAACAUCAGGAGCAGUGGAGUAAACCUCACUGCAGCCACUGUCCCUCGUAACACAGAGGAGUUUACAUCAGUGGGACAGAAUGAGACCAGUGUAACUCUGCAGUGGAAAAAAGUGGAAAGCUUCACCAAUUAUUUACUCAAGUACAAUGGACGAGAGAUAAAUGUCACUGCACAAGACGGAAAUGUAUAUGUGACACAGACAAUCUUGGAUCUGAGCAAUGGAACUAAAUAUGACUUCAGUCUCUUCACUGUGUUUGAAAACAUCAGGAGCAGUGGAGUAAACCUCACUGCAGCCACUGUUCCUCCAAAUGCAGAGGAGUUUAAAUCAGUGGGACAGACUGAGACCAGUGUAACUCUGCAGUGGAAAAAAGUGGAAAGCUUCACCAAUUAUUUACUCAAAUACAAUGGACGAGAGAUAAACGUCACUGCAUCAGAGAGAAAUGUAUAUGUGACACAGACAAUCUUGGAUCUGAGCAGUGGAACUAAAUAUGACUUCAGUCUCUUCACUGUGUUUGAAAACAACACGAGCAGUGGAGUAAACCUCGCUGCAGCCACUGCCCCUCGUAACACAGAGGAGUUUAAAUCAGUGGGACAGACUGAGACCAGUGUAACUCUGCAGUGGAAAAAAGUGGGAAACAUCCUCAGUUACACUCUAGUGUUCAAUGGACGAGAAAUAAACGUCACUGCACAAGACGGAAAUGUAUAUGUGACACAGACAAUCUCAGGUCUCAGCAGUGGAACUAAAUAUGACUUCAGUCUCUUCACUGUGUUUGAAAACAUCAGGAGCAGUGGAGUAAACCUCACUGCAGCCACUGUUCCUCCAAAUGCAGAGGAGUUUAAAUCAGUGGGACAGACUGAGACCAGUGUAACUCUGCAGUGGAAAAAAGUGGAAAGCUUCACCAAUUAUUUACUCAAGUACAAUGGACGAGAGAUAAACGUCACUGCACAAGACGGAAAUGAAUAUGUGACACAGACAAUCUUAGAUCUGAACAGUGGAACUAAAUAUGACUUCAGUCUCUUCACUGUGUUUGAAAACAUCAGGAGCAGUGGAGUAAACCUCACUGCAGCCACUGUCCCUCGUAACACAGAGGAGAUUACAUCAGUUGAACAGAAUGAGACCAGUGUAACUCUACAGUGGAAAAAAGUGGGAAACAUCCUCAGUUACACUCUAGUGUUCAAUGGACGAGAGAUAAACGUCACUGCAUCAGACAUAAAUGAAUAUGUGACAGAGACAAUCUCAGGUCUCAGCAGUGGAACUAAAUAUGACUUCAGUCUCUUCACUGUGUUUGAAAACAUCAGGAGCAGUGGAGUAAACCUCACUGCAGCCACUGUCCCUCGUAACACAGAGGAGAUUACAUCAGUUGAACAGAAUGAGACCAGUGUAACUCUACAGUGGAAAAAAGUGGAAAACAUCCUCAGUUAUACUCUAGUGUUCAAUGGACGAGAGAUAAACGUCACUGCAUCUGACAGAAAUGAAUAUGUGACACAGACAAUCUCAGGUCUCAGCAGUGGAACUAAAUAUGACUUCAGUCUCUUCACUGUGUUUGAAAACAUCAGGAGCAGUGGAGUAAACCUCGCUGCAGCCACUGUUCCUCCAAAUGCAGAGGAGUUUAAAUCAGUGGGACAGACUGAGACCAGUGUAACUCUGCAGUGGAAAAAAGUGGAAAGCUUCACCAAUUAUUUACUCAAGUACAAUGGACGAGAGAUAAACGUCACUGCACAAGACGGAAAUGUAUAUGUGACACAGACAAUCUUGGAUCUGAACAGUGGAACUAAAUAUGACUUCAGUCUCUUCACUGUGUUUGAAAACAACACGAGCAGUGGAGUAAACCUCGCUGCAGCCACUGCCCCUCGUAACACAGAGGAGUUUAAAUCAGUGGGACAAACUGAGACCAGUGUAACUCUACAGUGGAAAAAAGUGGGAAACAUCCUCAGUUACACUCUAGUGUUCAAUGGACGAGAGAAAAACGUCACUGCACAAGACGGAAAUGUAUAUGUGACAGAGACAAUCUCAGGUCUCAGCAGUGGAACUAAAUAUGACUUCAGUCUCUUCACUGUGUUUGAAAACAUCAGGAGCAGUGGAGUAAACCUCACUGCAGCCACUGCCCCUCGUAACACAGAGGAGUUUAAAUCAGUGGGACAAACUGAGACCAGUGUAACUCUGCAGUGGAAAAAAGUGGGAAACAUCCUCAGUUACACUCUAGUGUUUAAUGGACGAGAGAUAAACGUCACUGCACAAGACGGAAAUGUAUAUGUGACAGAGACAAUCUCACGUCUCAGCAGUGGAACUAAAUAUGACUUCAGUCUCUUCACUGUGUUUGAAAACAUCAGGAGCAGUGGAGUAAACCUCACUGCAGCCACUGCCCCCCUACAUGCAGAGGAGUUUACAUCAGUGGGACAGAAUGAGACCAGUGUAACUCUGCAGUGGAAAAAAGUAGGAAACAUCCUCAGUCACACUCUAGUGUUCAAUGGACGAGAGAUAAACGUCACUGCAUCAGAGGAAAAUGAAUAUGUGACAAAGACAAUCUCGGAACUCAGCAGUGGAACUAAAUAUGACUUCAGUCUCUUCACUGUGUUUGAAAACAUCAGGAGCCGUGGAGUAAACCUCACUGCAGCCACUGCCCCUCGAAACGCACAGGAGUUUAAAUCAGUGGGACGGACUGAGACCAGUGUAACUCUGCAGUGGAAAAAAGUUCAACAGUUCUCCACAUAUACUUUGGUGUACAACGGACGAGAGAUAAACGUCACUGCACAAGACGGAAAUGAACAUGUGACACAGACAAUCCCAGAUCUGAGCAAUGGAACUAAAUAUGACUUCCGUCUCUUCACUGUGUUUGAAAACAUCAGGAGCAGUGGUGUAAACCUCGCUGCAGCCACUGUCCCUGGCAUCACAGAGGAGUUUACAUCAGUGGGACAGAAUGAGACCAGUGUAACUCUGCAGUGGAAAAAAGUGGGAAACAUCCACAGUUACACUCUAGUGUUCAAUGGACGAGAGAUAAACGUCACUGCAUCAGAGAGAAAUGUAUACGUGACACAGACAAUCUCAGGUCUCAGCAGUGGAACUAAAUAUGACUUCAGUCUCUUCACUGUGUUUGAAAACUUCAGGAGCAGUGGAGUAAACCUCACUGCAGCCACUGUUCCUCCAGCGGCGUCUUUGGUCACAGUGAGUGAACGUUCAGUGACCAGAGUGACUCUGAAGUGGGAUGGUGUGAAUAGAGACUGGAGCUACUUGCUUCAGAUCAAUGGCCUUGAUGUGACCGUGAGCCCAGACAAUUCCUUAGAGUUGUCCUCUUCAGUCACUUCUCUGAAACCUGGGACAGAGUAUCCCUUCAGUGUGACCACAAUGUUCUCCGGACUCAACAGUACUGCUUAUACAGGCUUCACAGUAACAGCCAUAGACUGUGCAAAUGUGUUCUGGCACUUGACUAACACAUCGAUCCAAGGGAAUGUUCAAGGUUUAUUCUCAAACGCCACAGCCUCUUAUAACCAAACCCAUGUCAGUCCUGAAGGUAGCAAUGUGUCCUUCACUGGCCUUUACCCUGGUGCAACUUACGAAGUGUGUCUCGUGUACAAUAAACAUUCUACAUCCUUUGAACAGUGUCGCCACAAUCUAACCAUCCUUCCUCCAACCUUGAGUGCUCACUGUGAGUACUGGAAUGCUGGCUAUUCCAUCAAUAUUGUGUGGAAUAAACCUUAUGGCUUGUGGACUGCAGUGGAGGUGACUGUGUCCGAGCAAAGUCACACAUUUCCUGAAAAUGGGGAGCAGCAUGCAACAAUACACGGAUUCCUUCCUGCCCAAACAUACACUGUAUCUUUAGUGUCACUGUCUGGGACUGUGAGGCGCUCUGACCCCGUUGUUUUUUCAUGUGCUACCGAUCCAAGGGGAGUCAUUGCUGGAGCAUCACUCGGUGUGCUGCUUUUCUGUAUCCUGGUAUUACUGGUGGUCGUCAUUAUUUAUAAAAGACCAAAUUUAAUCAGAAACAAGAAACUCUAUGGUGGAUCCAAAGGCGUCCACAGAAGUUACAAACCUAUACAUGUAUCAGCGUUUCCAGCUCACUACCACGGGUUAAGUGCUGAUGACAACAGAGGUUUCAGUGACGAAUAUAAGAGCCUUGCUCCUGUUGGCACAACGCAGAAACAUAAAGUCUGCACCCUGCCUGGAAACAAAGCAAAGAAUCGUUUCAACAACAUCCUGCCGUAUGACUGGUCUCGGGUGAAGCUGAAUACAUCCAAGUCCAAGGGGAGGUCUGACUACAUUAAUGCUAAUUACAUUCCAGGCUACAACAGCAAGAAAGAGUUCAUCGCCACUCAGGGUCCUCUGCCCUCCACUGUCAAUGAUUUCUGGAGGAUGAUUUGGGAGCAACGGGUGAAAGGCAUCGUCAUGGUAACCAACUGCACUGAGGGAGGACGGCCCAAGUGUGAUCAUUACUGGCCUGAAGACAGCACGCCUCGCUUUUACAAAGGUGUGCGGGUCACCAUCACAUCUGAGCAAGAGGAAACCUACUGGACAUUGAGGGAAUUUAGUGUGAAACAUAUCGACUCCUCAGAGGAGCGCACAGUGAUACACUUCCACUUCACAGCCUGGCCUGACCACGGAGUCCCCGAGGGCACUAUCCCCCUGAUCCAGUUCAGAGGACUGGUGAGAUCGCACAUGGAGAAAGAAGGGGCUGGAGCACCAACUGUGGUUCACUGCAGUGCUGGAGUGGGGAGGACAGGCACGCUAAUUGCACUGGAUGUGCUGCUGCAGCAGCUCGGCCACAACAAUGCAGUGAGCGUCUAUGCUGUUGUGCACAAGAUGAGACAGAGUCGAACACACAUGGUGCAGACGGAGUGGCAGUAUAUUUUCCUGCACCAGUGCAUCAUGGACUGUCUGGAACAAGAUAAGACUGAAGACACUGUGUACGAGAAUGUAGACAUGAUGUACGCCAACGCCACUGCCCUCAGAGAGCUUCGCUAACCCCAGACACACGAUAUUCAACCCUACAGGCUUUGUUUUGCACUUAAUUCUUAUAAUACUGUAUAAAUAUAAAUACUUAUAUUUAGGGACUGUAUUUACUUGAAGUGCACUUAAGGUUAUUUUUCUCAUUCUUCCAAUCUGCCAAAUAGCUAGUUUAAAUAAUAUUGUGAGAGUAAGCAUCACCACAGGGUUUAGAUUAUUUACAUUUAUUUAAUAAAAAAAUAAAAUCAGAAUGCCUGUACAAGAAACAAAACAUUUUGUAACAAAAACAUAUGAAUCUAAAUUCAACCUGCACUUGACAUAAAAAAAUUGGUCCCUCCAAGCGUAAAAUGCUAUUCAAACAUUCAACAGGAUUAUUUGUCAAAUUACCUCCAACUCCAGCACAAAAGAGUUAGUAGGGGUAAUCCAGAGAUCACAGUGUGUUGAGCUAAGGAGUGGUUCAUAGCAAACACCAGUAUUUAUCUUUUUAUUAUUUACACUUGAAGGAUAAAGCAGUAGAAGAUAAA